UAAAGGAACCGGCCCAGGGGCUUCCUGCUGCCUGCUGCCCGAGGAUGGCCCAGGGCGCGGUGAUCCACGUGGACCCCGAGCAGCCCACCCAUGCUGUGUGUGUGGUGGGCACCGCGACGCUGGAUGUCUGUGGCUCUGCUCCCAAGGGCUGCACGUCCUUCGGCAUCACAGCCCCCCCAGGAGUGGUCGUGGAUGUUGUCCACAGUCCCCCAGCCAAGAAGAGCACCACCAGUGCCUCCAAAUGGCCUCUGGACCCCGAGCUGGAGGUGACCCUGCAGGUGAAAGCAGCCAGCAGCAGCACGGAUGACCAAAAGGUUCGAAUUUCAUAUUAUGGACCAAAGACCUCACCGAUCCAAGCCCUGCUCUACCUCACUGGGGUGGAGGUCUCCCUGAGCACAGAUGUCACCCGCACUGGCAAAGCUGGCAAAGCGAAGCUGGCCAGGACUAGGAAGGAUCAGAACAUCUGGACCUGGGGCCCACGUGGCCACGGUGCUAUCCUGUUGGUAAACUGUGACAAAGAGAACCCCACGUCCUCCAGAAUGGACUUUGAGGAUGACAAGGUCUUGGAUAACAAAGAUCUGCAAGACAUGUCCCCAAUGACCCUAAGCACGAAGACUCCCAAAGACUUCUUUGCCAGAUAUCGGCUGGUGCUGCACGUGGCCAAGGCCCAGAUGAGCAAAGUGAGGGUGUUCCGGGCCACACGAGGCAAACUGCCGUCCAGGUACAAGAUGGUCCUGGGACCAACGCAGUUCUCGCACCGCCUGGAGCUGCCAGGCGGCCAGCACAGCACGGACUUCUACGUGGAGGGUCUUGCUUUCCCUGACGCCGACUUCCAGGGGCUCGUUCCCCUCACUGUCUCCCUGCUGGACAAAUCUAACCCAGAUCUCCCAGAGACCCUGGUGUUCCAAGACAGUGUGACGUUUCGUGUGGCCCCCUGGAUCAUGACCCCCAACACUCAGCCCCCCCAGGAGGUAUACGUGUGCAGAUUUUCUGAAAACGAAGACUUCCUAAAGUCAUUGACUGCUCUGACCAAGAAAGCCAAGUGUAAACUGACUGUGUGCCCCCAGGAGGAGAAUUUGGAUGACCAGUGGAUGCAGGAUGAAAUGGAGAUUGGCUACAUCCAGGCUCCCCACAAGACGCUGCCUGUGGUCUUUGACUCCCCGAGGGACAGAGGCCUGAAGGACUUCCCCAUCAAAAGAGUCAUGGGUCCAAAUUUUGGCUAUGUGACCCGAGGGCCCUAUGCAGCAGAGGUCACAGGGCUGGAUGCCUUUGGGAACCUGGAGGUGAGUCCCCCAGUCACUGUCAGGGGGAAGGAAUACCCACUGGGCAGGAUUCUAAUCGGGAACAGUGGUUACUCCAGCAGCGAGAGCCGGGACAUGCACCAGGCCCUGCAGGACUUCCUGUGCGCCCAGCAGGUGCAGGCCCCUGUGAGACUCUUCUCUGACUGGCUCUUCGUGGGUCACAUCGAUGAGUUCUUGAGUUUCGUCCCAGCACCCGACAGGCAGGGUUUUCGGCUGCUGAUGUCCAGCCCUAGAGCCUGCUACCAGCUGUUUCAGGAGCAGCAGAGUCAGGGCCAUGGUGAGGCACCGCUGUUUGAAGGGAUCAAGAGAAAAAAACAGACGAUCAAUGACAUUUUGUCCAGCAAGAAACUGAGAGACCAGAAUGCCUAUGUGGAGAGCUGUAUUGACUGGAACCGGGUGGUACUGAAGCGGGAGCUAGGCCUCGUGGAGGGCGACAUCAUUGAUAUCCCGCAGCUCUUCAGGCUCGUGGGGAACUCAGGAGGGAACCCAAAGGCCGAGGCCUUCUUCCCAAACAUGGUGAACAUGCUGGUGCUGGGCAAGCACCUGGGCAUCCCCAAGCCCUUCGGGCCCCUCAAUGGACGCUGCUGCCUGGAGGAGAAGGUGCGCUCCCUGCUGGAGCCGCUGGGUCUGCACUGUACCUUCAUCGAUGACUUCUAUGCCUACCACAUGUACCAUGGAGAGGUUCACUGCGGCACCAACGUCCGCAGGAAGCCCUUCACCUUCAAGUGGUGGCACAUGGUGCCCUGAGCCCCUGCCUGUGGCAGCCUCCUUCGAAGACUGCCCUGGCCGGAGGUUGCUGGCCCCCCUGCAGUGAAGUGCAGCAGGAGAUCUGGGACGUUCGGGAUCCCCCAGGAGUGGGUGGCCACCCCUCCUGCCGUGGCUUGCUUCACCCAUGUCUGGCUCUUCUUCCAUCUUCUGCAUGUCCUAAAUUGGUCCUUGCAUAGCAAACUCAGUUCUUCGAAGAGAUGCUGCAAUAAAGAUGUGGUUUUGUGUCUUAGUCUUA